AGAGUGGGAGGCGCUGUUUCUUCAACCUCUCUCUCUCUCUCUCAUUCUUUUCUGGGUUUUACAGUUAACUUUUUUUCUCGAUAAUCAUCAUCGCCCGAAAACUCAGAUUGUUCCCGGAAUCUUAUAUCAAUAUUCUCCGAUUGAUUAAAGAAACUGCAAAGACGAGAGAAGAGCGAGCUGAACAUUGAAAGUCAAAAAGCCGGAGAUUAUGGAGCUCUAAUCUCCAUUUAUUUUUCUUAUGAGGUUAUGUUUUGACUUACAAUGAGUACACCAAGAAACGGCUUUUCCAAGCAUCAGAGAGCUGAGAAAGUUUGUGGUCAAGGAGGGCCUAAUUGGAUCCUAAUUGCAGGUGGAGCCUUGUUGAGCACUCUGUCCAUUCGCUUUGGCUACAAGCUUAAGCAGUCGCCUCUUUUCAAACCUCCUCAUCACUCUAAUGCCUCUCCUGGAUUUAAAGCCAAUGGAACAUCUGAGAGGCAAAGAUGUUGUUGUUGUUUGCACUCCUCCACCACGUCUUCCUGUGCAAAGAAUAAUGAUUAUUCCUGCUUCCGCUCCAUUCCAGGAACUGAGAAUGUGGAGGGAAAAGAGGAGACAAACGAGCAAAUGGAAUCUGUAUCUGACACUUCACUGCCUCUUGUGACGGUUCCUGCUCCAUCAUACAGCAAAGAGAAUGGAGUCAUGUGGACUUCUUCUCCUGAUCGCCUGGAACUUCCCCCUAGACCAUACAAUCACCACUCAACCUGCUCGGAUUCUCCUUGCGUAUCUGAAACCAGCUCAGACAUCUUCAGCAAACGAGAAGUAAUACAGAAACUAAGGCAACAGCUGAAGAGGCGUGACGACAUGAUCCUGGAAAUGCAGGAACAGAUUCUAGAGCUGCAGAACUCGUAUAACGCGCAGAUGUCACACUCAAGCCAUCUCCAGGCACAGCUAGACUCGAUGAACAGAGAUCUGUUCGAAUCAGAAAGAGAAGUUGAGAGACUGAGAAAAGCAAUCGCUGAUCACAGCGUGAGCAAUGGCAAGACAUCUCCUGUUGCACCUUGGAACGGGUUUAUGGACAGCGAGAACAAUUACGAGUCAGCGGAGAAGGGAUCAAGGGAGGGAGAAAGAAUAGAGAGGUUGAGAAAGGAAGUGAGUGAGCUUAAAGAAGUGAUAGACGGGAAAGAGUAUCUGCUUAGGAGCUAUAAAGAGCAGAAGAUUGAGCUUCAACAGAAGGUGAAAGAGUUGCAGCAGAGAUUGGAGUCGCAGCUCCCAAACAUAUUGUAGGUUUAAGAGUUAGAGCAUUGUGCAUAUACUUGCUUCUCUUCUUCUUCUUUUUGGUUUUAGUAUUUCCGCUUUCUUCGAGAAAAUGAAUCAGUGUCCUAAGAGGUCUUUUGGAGUAGCUCACUCUAAGAGAGAAUAUUUUUUAUUUUUUUUUCUGGCGUCAGCUUUGGUUUUGUUUAUUUUUGUGACCUUGUUAUCUCUGUUUUGAUGUUUGAUGUAAAGAAAAGUUAGUUUGUUGAAGAUUUUUGCGGCGGGAAUGAAUGAAUA